AUGGCUUUCGCUGCUGCAACUAGUUUAAUGGACAUCCUACACCACAACUUCCUCCAAUCCAAACCGCUAUUCACUCUCCGCACCAAAAUGAGGGUCAGAUCUCUUUACCGAAAUAUUUGUUUUGUGCAAACCCUCCUUGAAGAUGAUCCCAAUGUGGGCAUGUAUGAUGAGGAGGCGAUGAACGUUUUGGAGGCAAGAAUUAGAGAUGUUUAUGUGGAAUUAAGGUUCCAAAUUGAACUGCAAUUGACAUUGCUUCAGCUUGGGAAAGCGAUGAAGAUUAGGCUUGAAUCUGCUCAGGAGCUUCUUCCAAUCGUGAAUUGGGGAAUCCAGGACAUGGAAUCUGUGGAUCUCGAUUCUUUGUAUGGCAGACUAAGGAAACACUUCUCACUGCCGGUGCCGUACAUGCCUGUUCAUAUAAGAAAAAGGGUCACAUCUCUUUGCAAAAUGCUUGAGCUUCGCUUGGUUGAAAAAUGCAGCAAUUUCAUAGGUGAAAAAGACGACCAUUUCCCAAUACAAUUGAAAACGGUUACUGUAUAUGUCAAGGAUGUUCCAGCACGGAGUUUGCCUACUCAACAAAUCUUAGAAACCUUGCUUGAAGCAAAAAGUCUAAUCAUAGAAGAACUGAGAGCCUCUUAUAUCAGAAAAUACACGAAGCAAAGGAUAGAGGCUCGACAAAGGCUUCGUCGAAUCUUCUCUCAAGGCAUCAAACACUCAGGUAGCAUCAAGAAAGAGCUACUGAAGAUUAAGAAUGAGUUCAAUCAGUCCAGAAAUUCUAAAAUGCUGGAUAGUAUGCUUGGUGGUUCAGGAUGUGAGGACACUACAGUUGGUGACUUGCUGCAAAAUACCUUGAAGUCUACAACCAAAAUUGUGGGAUGCAAUGAGGAUUUCAACGCGAUAAUGGACAAGUUGAAGCGGAAUUCCUUGGAGCGAGUAAUUGUCUCAAUUGUGGGAAUGGGAGGCAUUGGCAAAACCACCUUAGCUAGAUGUGUUUAUGAGGAUGCAACAAUAAUUUCUCAUUUUGAUUGUCGAGCAUGGGUUAGUAUCUCACAGGAGUAUAAUCCAAGACAAGUGUUCCGACACAUUCUGCGUUCUCUUGCCUCAUGUAAUGGUAAAAUCUGUGAAGAUAGUAAUGAUGAACUAGCUGAGCAGAUAUACAAAUGUCUAAAGCGGCGAAGGUACUUGAUCGUCAUAGAUGACAUAUGGAGUAAAGAUGUUUGGAGUGAUUUGUUGAAAUGCUUUCCAGAAGAUAACAAUGGAAGUCGAAUGUUGUUGACCACUCGAGAUAAAAAUGUAGCUGAGUAUGCAAGCACGGGGAGCAAUUCUUAUCAUAACAUGCGUUUCUUGGAUUCUCAUGAAAGUUGGAGCCUUUUUCACCAUGAAGUCUAUGAGAAAAUAGCUUUCUCCCCUCAAUUUGAAAGUAUUAGUAGAGAUGUAGUAGAGAAGUGCAAAGGAUUACCUCUUGCAAUUAUUGUGACUGCUGGACUUCUCUCAAAAUCCAAGCAAACCUUGAGUGAAUGGGAGCAUAUUGCAAAAAAUGUUAGUGCACUUAGUCUAGAAGAUCAACAAUUUGCAGACAUCCUCAGUUUGAGUUACACCUUCCUACCUUACCACCUUAAACCUUGUUUUUUGUCGUUUGGAAUUUUUCCAAAAGGCUCUAAGAUUCCACUAGACGAGAUUGUUCAUUUUUGGCUUUCAGAGGGGUUUCUAAAGGUUGUGAAGUCUAAGAGCUUGGAAGAUGUGGCAAAGGAGUAUAUACAAGACCUUAUAGAUAGAAAUCUUGUUCAAGUUUAUAGUGAGAGGUGUGGAGAAAUCAAGGAAUGCCAAAUGCAUGAUGUCUUGCUUGAGUUGGUCUUAAGAGAAGCCGAAAGAGAGAAUCUUUUGUAUAAGAAGGAAGAUGGUGCCAUGUUUCUGAAGCAUAGGAGAAAACCAACAGAGGAAGAUGGUGCCAUGUCACUGAAGCAUAGGAGAAAACCAACAAACUAUUCUCGUAAUGCUCAACAAUGGAUUACCCAAUUAAGAAUUUCGGCUCUUUGGUUUAGUGAUCACAUUUUCUUCAAGCUCCCCUCAGCUGUAAAUUUUAAGCUGCUAAGGGUAUUGGUAUUGUCUGAAAUUGACAACACCAGCACACUCAGACAGAUUAUGAGUCUUGUUCAUUUGAGAAUCUUAAGAUUCCAAACUCCUUUGCUUAUUUGCGAUCUACCCUGGUUCAUGCUAUCAAAUCUAAAGAUAUUAGUAGUUGGUGCACAGAUAGAGUGUGAAGAAAACCUAGUUGGUGCACAGAUAGAGUGUGAAGAAAACCUCUUUGGAAUUUGGAGAUUACCUCAAUUAAGGCAUCUCUGUUUUGAUGGCAUUUAUUGUCGAGUUCCUCCGAGAUCAAUUCAAGAGAACUUGCAGACUAUUUGUUGGUUGGAUUGCAGGAGUUGUACAAAGGAGUUGUUUAUGAGAGCACCAAAUCUAAUGGAUCUUGGAGUUCAUGGCUUGGAGGAUAUCCCAGAAUGCAAAGAAUUCAAUUGGUUUAAAAAUCUUGCCUACUUGUAUAAACUCCAGAAGCUAAAGAUUCGUGAAAACAUCAUUUGUUGGGGUUUCAGAACAACUGACUCUUUGGAGAUGUUGAGCUUGGAAAAUUUUCUGCCAAAUCUUAAGACACUAAAACUCGUUGAAACAAAACUAGACUGGAAGGAUAUGGAUGUUAUUGGUAAAUUGCCCAAGCUUGAAGUUCUUAAGCUGAAGAAUGCUGUUGAUGGCCCAAAAUGGGAAUCUAGAGAUGGGGGAUUUCGUCGAUUAAAACACUUGCUCAUACAUGAAUCACAUCUAAGGUACUGGGAAGCAACCGGCGAUCAUUUUCCCAACCUUGAAUGUCUAGUCCUACGCGAGUGUUAUAUGUUGGAAGAGAUUCCCAGCAAUUUUGCAGAUAUUGCCACUCUCCAAUUAAUCGAGUUAAGUCAAUGUUCAGACUCCAGCAUCACUUCUGCUGAGUGCAUUCGACAAGAGCAACAAAAUUAUGGGAAUGAUGCAUUCGUUCUUCGUUAUGACAGGUUUCUACCUCUGUCUCUCAACAACAUUGGACAUAUGUAUCUGGGGUUGAAAUUAUAA